UUCAGCCGGAGUGAAGAGUCUGGAGGACAGCUAAGGUAUCCAGGAGACACACCGCAGGACAGCAUUUCCGGUCAAUCGCCAGUUGCGAAGCAUAAAGACAAGCUCUGUAGACGGUCUGCCCUGUCCUGUGCGACAACCACACUCGUCUUCCUCUCUCGUGCUCUGGUCACCUCACCUGUGCGUCGUCACCAUGGCUCCCACACUGACCACCGCGUUCGCGCGCCGCUGGUGGAUGGCCAUCACGGCCAUCAUUGAGAACCUGCUCUUCUCCGCCGUGCUACUGGGGUGGGGCUCUCUGCUCAUCAUGCUCAAGUCCGAGGGCUUCUACUCCUACAUGUGCACCGAGCCUGCCAACACCUCCUCGCUGCUGAACCUAACGCUGAGUCCCAAGGGCCCGGUGGUGUCCCAGGAGGAUGACGACGACGUGUACGACUACUACUCGGAGGGUGGCGUAGAGGUGCGGCCGCUGCACCCCCCGGAGGAGAGCAUGCGCAUGGGCAGCAAGGGCUGGCUGGUGUGCAAGGACCAGGACGAGAUGCUGAACCUGGCCUUCACCGUGGGCUCCUUCCUGCUCAGCGCCAUCACGCUGCCCCUGGGUAUCGUCAUGGACAAGUACGGGCCCCGCAAACUCAGGCUGCUCGGCAGUGCCUGCUUUGCAUUCUCCUGCCUGCUGAUCGCCUAUGGAGCCUACAAUCCCGAUGAGCUCUCUGUCCUCAUCUUCGUGGCCCUGACCUUCAACGGCUUUGGAGGAAUGUGCAUGACCUUCACCUCUCUGACCCUGCCAAACAUGUUUGGAGACCUCCGCUCCACCUUCAUCGCCCUGAUGAUUGGCUCAUACGCCUCCUCUGCCGUCACCUUCCCUGGUGUUAAGGUGAUCUAUGACUUAGGGAUUGACUUCAUCACGAUCCUGGUUGUGUGGGCCGCCUGCGCUGGUCUCGUCUUCUUCAACUGCUUCUUCAACUGGCCCCUGGAGCCUUUCCCUCCCCCGGAGAACAUGGACUACAGUGUGAAGAUCAAGUUCAGCUGGCUGGGCUUCGACCACAAGAUCACCGGGCAGCAGUUCUACCAGCAGGUGACGACGGUGGGGAAACGCCUGAGUGCGGGCAACUCCCUCAAGCAGAAGGACCUGUCCACCAAGGAGGGCCACAAGCUCUGCCUGUCCACCAUGGACCUGGAGCUCAAGGGCAAACCACAGGAAGAGGCCCAGUCCUUCAUGAAGAGCAUCCUGACUCCGCUGUUCAUGCUGUCCCUGGUCACCAUGUGUGUCACCCAGCUGCGCCUCAUCUUCUACAUGGGGGCCAUGAACAACAUCCUGGAGGUGCUCAGUGGCGGAGACAUGGACACAGUGGGUCUCUACACCUCCAUCUUCGGCGUCAUGCAGCUGCUGUGCUUGAUGACGACGCCUGUGAUUGGUCAGAUCAUGGACUGGAAGCUGAAAGAGUGUGAGGACGGAGAGAGCGAGGAGAAGACCCAACUCAGCAAGGACCAGCCCCAGCCCAAGAAGCGAGACAGACAGAUCCAGAAGAUCACCAAUGCCACACGGGCCUUCUUCCUCACCAACAUCCUAUUGGUCGGCUUCGGAGUCACCUGUCUCAUCCCCAACCUGCCUCUACAGAUGCUGUCUUUCCUCCUGCACACCAUCGUCAGAGGAUUCGUCCAUUCUGCCAUUGGUGGUCUCUAUGCAGCUGUGUACCCGUCGUCCCAGUUCGGCAGCCUGACGGGCAUGCAGUCUCUGGUGAGCGCCCUGUUUGCCCUGCUGCAGCAGCCCCUCUUCAUGGCCAUGAUGGGACCCCUGGAGGGAGACCCCCUCUGGGUGAACGUGGGUCUGUUGGGAGUUAGCAUGGCAGGCUUCAUGCUGCCCCUGUACCUGAUCUACUUCAAGAGCCAGCUGCAUAAGAAGAGGAAGGAGAAGGAAGGUCAGGCCAAGGUCUACGUCAAGAUCAACGGCAGCAACGUUCCCGAGGCCUUUGUGUAGACCUGACCUCAGCUGGAUAUUGGGGCACACACACCCUCAGGCCCAAAAAAAUAACACAGACGUGGAAAAUCCAGUUUCAGAAAGUAUAAAUGUACAGUAUGAAUGUCCGCAAACAUUGUCCCAAAAACAAUGUCUCAAAAACCAAUUUUCGGGAAUCUACCGAUCCUUAGGUAGGUGAGAGAUUAUGGUUGAAAUCAGUUGUGUUGGGAUUAUAGGCCCGUAAUACAUGGCAGGACAUUCACUUUCUGAAUCUGGUUUGUCCACCUCUGGUGGUCAUAAAAGAUAAAACCUAUGAAAACUAAUGUGGGAUGUACUUGUAGGUGGAGAGGGUGAGAGGAGAGGAAAAAAAGAGGGAGCAGAGAGAUAUGGUCUGUCAUUCAGUUGCAGACAAUUCCUCACUUCUCUGAAGACCAUUCAGAUUUUUCUUGUUAUUUAUUAUACUGCGCGGUUAUCAGAUGAGGAUUUUAUCAGUCGUCACCGUAACUUUCCUUAUUCACUCUAUCCGGUUUUACUCGUCCUUGGUGGCAUAGACUAUGCAGUAUAGCUGUAAGUGGCAUUAGACCCAUAAUGUCCACCUAUUUUCAUGACAAGGUAACACACAACGUGAACAGCUGUUUCCUCGGGAACAUUGUCGAGUGUGCGUUGGCCGUUGCUGUCUAAGCAUUCUUUGUGUUGAGCAGGUUAUGAGAUGGAAAGGUUGGGGAUAUUUGUUUUGAAAAACGGACUGGUUUUAUUUAAUUUAUUUUAGUUUUAACAUAGGCCUGUGGAUGUCAAUGAAAUAUGCAGUAUUUGUGAUUUGUCACAUUUAGACAUGUAAAGCCACUCUUAUGUAGGCUAUUUAAUUAAUUGUAAAUAUUUUUUAAUGAAAAAAGUUUGUGUGGACAGAAUAUUCAUACGUAAAAGUGGCUUUACUCCGUUGAUGUCUGUUUUAUCUUUAAGCCUAUUUCAUUUUUGGCCAAUGUGUGCCAAACAGUUAAACAGCACUUUGGACUUUAAGUCUUUCUCCCCUCUCCGUCAAUUCAUCAUGAAGUAUGACAUUGUAUAUACCAUUCAAUGGAUGCUUUCUCUUCAUACGUAGGCUAUAUCUAAAAUGUGUAUUAAGAUAUGACUGCUAACAUCUUUUACGAAAUACAUUGUAUCAAUGGCAGCCAAGGUUCCCUAAAAAAAAGAAGAGACUGGAUAAAAAAGCUUGUAUGUACGAAACAUACUUUUUAACAGCAGAGGGAAAUGUGACGAUGAAAAGUUGUGUAGGCUGCUUUACUGCUUGUGAUGGGUAGGCUAUUGCCUCACAUUGUGUAUUUAUUUGAUUUUUAUUCCAUGACAUUUCUCAUGGGAAUCUUUGUUUUUAUGAAAUAUCUCACAGAAUUUCUUUAUAACAUGCUAUUUCUUGGUCUUGCAAAACAGAUAUUUCUAUUUGUUGUUUAGAGAGGCAUUAUUAUUGAGUGUGAGUAAUAAAUUAUUGUCUUA